AUGGGGUAGUCUGGCCCCGAGGAUCGGAUAUCAUCUAAUGUACCAGGAAAUAUCCGGCCUUGUGAUCGCCGAUCUCAGCCGGAGCCGUGGUUUUGUGGGCUGAUUUUGCCCCCGCAUUUUAAGUUCCACAGCCGGCGCGGGGUCUUAAUAUAUCGGUGGUAUCCCUCUCGAAACACGCGGGCCAGCAAAGUCUCGCAUCUCACAUCGUAGUUGGCCCGAUCAGUGUAAUACCAGUCAAGAUGCUGCUCAACGAGAGUCAUAUCGACGUGCAAACAACCGUGGAUGGAAAGGAGACAUCGAUGAGAAUUUUCACAUUCCAUCCCACCAUCCCGCAAUAUCCUGAUGCUCGAUUUCCUGGCGUCGUGUUAUUCAGCGAGAUCUAUCAAGUCACGGGUCCAGUAUCGCGAUUUGCGCGUCAAAUCGCAGGUCAGGGAUAUAUUGUUGCCGCUCCAUCGUCGUAUCACGACUUCACUGGCCCCGAAGCCCUAGCCUACGACGACCCAGGAACGAACCAGGGGAAUGAAUGGAAGGUGAAGAAGACUCUUCAAUCAUAUGACGAGGACUCCCACAAGGCGGUUGAUUACCUCCUCAGUCUCCCUACGUGUACGGGCAGGAUAGGCAGCACGGGAAUGUGUCUGGGUGGCCAUCUUUCUGUGCGAGCUAGUCUUGAUCCGCGAAUAAGCGCAACCGUCGCGUACUUCGCUACCGAUAUACACUCCCGUACACUGGGACCUCAUUCGGGAGCCAACUUGGCAGUCCAGGGCCCAGAGAAUAGCAUCCACACGCUUGACAAGCUCGGCGAGAUUAAGGGCGAGGUAGCCAUGAUUUUCGGCAUCAAAGACACCCACGUCCCGGACGAGGGUCGCGACUUGAUUCGACAGAAGCUGAGGAGCUCUGGAACGGUCUUCAGUUUCUACGAGUUCGCGUGGGCGCAGCACGCCUUCAUCCGCGAUGAGCUGAGCAAGGGUCGCUAUGAUCCGGCAAUCACCAAGAUCUGUUUCGAGGUGUUGUUGGAACUGUUCGGCCGAGUGCUAAAGUCAGACCUGGGACAGAGGGACAGCAAGCCCCAGACGAUUGAGCACGUCUGUUGAUUAGUCUUUGGAGUCGGCAGUCUGUAUCAGGAAAACCGAAAACAAUCUCGGUGAAAAUAUCCACCAACCCAUUUCCCAGGGGUAUUGCUUAGCUACAUAUCCGCUCAUUAUCUACCCAAACUACAUACUACCUAUGUAUACUGACUGAAUUCCCGAAAAUGGAAGUAAGGCAGACAAUACGUAACUAGAUCAAAAUAUGUAACGCUACUUAAAGGCCCCUUGAUAUUUCAACAGGCCAGAAACGGCCGCCAGAAUGCCUUACCAAAUAAAAUGG